UUGGGAGGCACCGAGCUCCGUCGUCUCGUUUCCGGCCGUCGCGCGCUCUUUUCUCAGGACGGUGGAGCCUGUGUAGCGUCGCCGUUACUCUGAGGAGAAGAUUGUCGGUAUUAGCAAAGUUAGGACUGGGAGGCACUUUUUGCUGUCUUCAAUCAAGUUGAGGGUGUAAAAAUGCAGAGCAAUAAAACUUUUAAUUUGGAGAAGCAGAACCAUACUUCCAGGAAGCAUCAUCAACAUCACCACCAGCAGCACCACCAGUCACAGCCGCAGCAGCAGCCGCAGCCGCAGCCACAGCCACAGCAGCAGGCACAGCAGCAGCCACAGCAGCAGCCGCCACCACCACCACCGAUACCUGCAAAUGGGCAACAGGCCAGCAGCCAAAAUGAAGGUUUGACUAUUGACCUGAAGAAUUUUAGGAAACCAGGAGAGAAGACCUUUACCCAACGUAGCCGUCUCUUUGUGGGCAAUCUUCCCCCGGAUAUCACUGAGGAGGAAAUGAGGAAACUAUUUGAAAAAUAUGGGAAAGCAGGAGAAGUUUUCAUUCAUAAGGAUAAAGGCUUUGGCUUUAUCCGCUUGGAAACACGAACCCUUGCGGAGAUUGCCAAAGUGGAGCUCGAUAAUAUGCCCCUCCGUGGAAAACAACUGCGUGUGCGCUUUGCCUGCCAUAGUGCAUCCCUUACAGUCCGAAACCUUCCUCAGUAUGUGUCCAAUGAGCUACUGGAAGAAGCCUUUUCUGUGUUUGGCCAGGUGGAAAGGGCUGUAGUUAUUGUGGAUGAUCGAGGAAGGCCCUCGGGAAAAGGCAUUGUUGAGUUCUCAGGGAAGCCAGCUGCACGGAAAGCUCUUGACAGAUGCAGUGAAGGAUCUUUCCUGCUAACCACAUUUCCUCGGCCUGUGACUGUGGAGCCUAUGGACCAGUUAGAUGAUGAAGAAGGACUUCCAGAAAAACUUGUUAUAAAGAACCAACAAUUUCACAAGGAGCGAGAGCAGCCACCUAGAUUUGCACAACCUGGCUCCUUUGAAUAUGAGUAUGCCAUGCGCUGGAAGGCACUUAUUGAGAUGGAGAAGCAGCAGCAGGAUCAAGUGGACCGCAAUAUCAAGGAAGCUCGUGAGAAGCUAGAGAUGGAGAUGGAGGCUGCUCGCCAUGAGCACCAGGUUAUGCUGAUGAGGCAAGAUUUGAUGAGACGCCAAGAAGAACUUCGGAGAAUGGAAGAGCUGCAUAACCAAGAGGUCCAAAAACGAAAGCAACUGGAGCUCAGGCAGGAAGAGGAGCGUAGGCGCCGUGAAGAGGAAAUGCGGAGGCAACAAGAAGAGAUGAUGCGGCGACAGCAGGAAGGAUUCAAGGGAACCUUCCCUGAUGCGAGAGAACAAGAGAUUCGGAUGGGCCAGAUGGCUAUGGGAGGUGCUAUGGGCAUAAACAACAGAGGCGCCAUGCCCCCUGCUCCUGUGCCGGCUGGUACCCCAGCUCCUCCAGGACCUGCUACUAUGAUGCCAGAUGGAACAUUGGGACUGACCCCACCAACAAGUGAACGCUUUGGCCAAGCUGCUACAAUGGAAGGAAUCGGGGCAAUUGGUGGAACCCCUCCUGCAUUCAACCGUGCAGCUCCUGGAGCUGAAUUUGCUCCAAACAAACGUCGCCGAUACUAAUAAAGUUGCAGUGUCUAGUUUCCUGAAACCCUUAAAAGAAGGAACCCUUUUGGACUAGCCAGAAUUCUAACUUGAAAAAGUGUUAGGGAUUCCUCCCAAUAGUUAGGUCUUCCCUGCCUGGUACUACUCUAAGGGAGUAUGCUGGAGGCAGAGGGCAAGGGAGGGGUGAUAUUUAACGAAUCAGUUCUGUGUGGUAUAUUGUUUAAUCAAUUUCUGUGUGAUGCAUUCCUGAAAUUUCAAAUAUAAUUAAUUGUUGAAGGCCUGGGGCAACCAUGACAAUGGUUCCUUGGAGUCCUGUUAAUCUUGAUCAUUCCGGUUUUUUGUCCAUUGUGUUUUAUUUGCUUUCUACACCCCUCACUCCAGAGACACUGCCACAUAUACCACAAAAACCAAACAUCUCCAUCUCCCAGUGACCUUAGCCCCAUUGCUCCAUUUGCUCCCAGAUGAGGAUUCAGGCAAAUGUCCACAGAGGUCACAGACAGCUUAUGUGUGUUCUGUUAUAUCCCAUAUAUUAUCCUUUCAUGUAGUAAAGACAUUUUCUCUUAGAGAUUUUCAUUUUAGUAUAUCUUAAAAAAAUUCUUGUGUUAACUUGCCUCCAUGUUUUCCUUGGGUAAGAACGUCCUAGGAAUGACCCUUUUAUGUCCAUGAUGUUGCUCUUCACAGCUUUUCUUGAUAGGCUUAGUACAAUCUUGGGAACAGGGUUGCUGUAUGCUGAAGGUCUGACAGUAGCUCUUAGCCUUGCCUAUCUUAGAUAAGUAUGCUGUGCAUUUUUAUUGGUGUACCAUGUUUGAUUUAUCCCUGAUACCUUAAAUUUGGAGUUUUCUGAGAAAUGGAGUGGUAAUACAGCAUCAACUUAUUAAAGUACAUUUUAAGCCUUUUAA